AUGCAAAACAAACGUAAUUUAUAUUAACGCAUUGUAACAUCAGUAAUUGUUUCAACAAUUGACAAGAAAACAAGCCAUAUUGUUCGCAUCUGCUUUCUGCCAAUAUUUUAAGUAACUCGUAUACUAAAGCGUUAAGAUCUGAAGAAGCUUCUCGGAAGUUUUCGUCGAAAUACCAUUAAAUAAUAAUUAUGGCAGCACCUCCUAUACCAGAAUCCAACGCUGGUUAUACUGUAGACUUAAAAAACCAGAAAGAAAAUUCCACGAAGUUGCAUCGUGCAUGUUGGUUGGGUAACGAGAGCGAUGUUAGAAAUUGUUUGAAGUCAAUGCCGUUGGAUAGCAAAGAUGAUGAAAAUCGAACUCCGUUACAUUUGGCAGCAGCAAAAGGAAAUAUUGCAGUCAUUGAAAUGCUGCUUGAAAAAGAUCCCAACGUAAACGAUCAGGAUAUCAACGGGAAGACUCCAUUAAUGAAAGCCAUUGAGGGUCAUCACGAAAAAGCCGUACAUUUACUGAUCGAAGCAGAUGCAGAGGUUAAUUUGAAAGACAGAGGAGGAAAUACAGCCAUUCACAUAGCGCUCAAUACUGGGCAAUACGAUGUUGCACAAUAUCUGCUUCAAUAUACAACUGAAGAUAAUAUUGGUAAUAAAGACGGAAUUACUGCACUUCACAUCUUAGCCGAAACAAAACGCGUGAAAUUAGCAAGAAAGUUUAUACAUCAUGGAGCUAGUGUGGAAUCAAGAGAUAAAAACCUGAGAACCCCUCUCAUGCUCGCUUGCAAGAAAGGUUAUUUUCCAAUGAUAUCACUUCUUCUGAAGAACAGGUCAGAUGUAACUGCAGAAGACUCCAAGGGGUGGACUGCUAUUGAUUAUGCUUCGAUUGUGGGACAUACACAAGUAAUAAAUAUUUUAGAGCAAUAUGCUAGAAGUGGUAUAAAAAGUACAUUUACUGUAGAAAACGAAUCUGAGAGUAGCACAACUACAGAUGAAAGCGAAGAGACUGAAGAUAUAAAACGUAAAAGGAAAAGAAUGCAUAAAUCUCCAUCCGAAAGAACUGUUCCUAUUCUAUUAGAAACAGAUGAAGUUUUAUUUCAGAGAGAAAAGGCUAAGAAACGGCAUCACCAUAAAAAAGGAGAAAAAUAUGAAUCAGAAAUAAGCAACCCUAAAUCUACAUCGAAAUUAGGCGAGCGAAAGCUCGAAGAUGAGGGGAAAACAGGUCAACCUUUAUCUGUUCCAGAUAUUGUAGCAGCUAUGCAGAUAUCUGCUAAUCAGUUGGGAGAUAUUCAGUCAUGGCUCAAUCGUCAACAAGAAAUUGCUGAGAAAAAAAGAGUGCAAUGCGAACAGUUAAAAGAACAUGUUAAAAGACUUUUAGCCGAGAAAGAAGAACUAAUAGCUACUAAAGAAAAUCUGAAGAAGAAUAUCACAAAACUGAAGGAAAGUUUUCAGAACGUUGCUAGUAAAACAGAAGCUGAAGUUUUACAGAAUGAAUUGAAUGCUUUAAGAGAAGGCUUGGACGACUUGCAAACAGAACACAAUAGGGUUCAAAAAGAAAAAGAGGAACUAGAACAAAAGUUCGACGAGCAACAAAAGAUUCAAAAAAAAUCAGGUGCGGCCCUAGCAGACAAAGCAGAACAAUUAAAAAAUGAAAAUCAAGCCCUUCGAGAUAACUUAGUUAAUGUUGAAAAUGAUACGCGAACAAUUAUCGAGGAUUUAAAUAAAAAAUGCAAAAUGGCAGAAGAGUUAGUGAAUCAUUUGAAAAUUUUGUUGAGAGGCACUUACAAACUGUUAGAAGAAAAGCACACACAGAUAAAUAAAGUUAUGGAUGAAUUAAUAGUAGAAGAAAACCUAAUGAACGACACCAAAGAAAGUUAUGAGCAAGUCAGAGAAGAGAAUGUGCAAGUUGGAAAAAAUAUUGAUGAACUGGGAACGAAGAUGGCUUUGGUGAAAAAAUAUUUAACAAAAAUCCAAAAACAGAUGGAAAAACAGUCACUGAUGAAAAAGCUUGUGAGUGCCGGUGUGAUGAAUGAACAAGGUGAAGAUAUAAAAAAAACUGCCGUUCAAACAGAAGAGAUGAGGAAAAGCGUUGGGCCCUCAAAGCAGAAAGGGGAAUCAGAAGAGUCUAAGCAGAAAAAUAAACUGAAAAAUAUAAGAAUUAAAGAUAAAGAAGUCGACGAAUUGGAAGUCGAACCAGAAAUAAAGGAACUAGCAGCUCAGAAAAUGGAUCCUACAGGCUUAAUGUUUGCAAACGUGGAUGCUCCAACAGUAUGCAAGACAUCAACCAAAGCCGUUCGAUAUUCGUGGUUAGAUGAAAAAGAUGAGGAUGCAUUGGAAGAUUUUGAUCUCUAUCGUAAAAACUAUCCUUCUGCUAAAACAUCAGCUCUUCCUUAUGGCAACAACGCAAAGAAUUCUGGAAGUAAAACAGGGGCCAAUGCUCAUGACGAAAUACCAGCUUCUCUGCAUGCCAAAUUGGCUUGCGUCAUUGCUAAAUACAGCCAUUGUGACGAAAAUGACGAAGAAACAUCAUAAAUUCUCGUAGAAUUUAAUUAAAAUCUAAAUUAUUAAAAUUAAUUUAGCAUUUAUCAAAAUCGAAAAAUUAUUGAGAUUUGUAAAAAUAAAAUAAAUGAAAUAAAAAUUUUUAAGUAGUUAAU